AUGGAUGAUGAUGCUGGUUUGGAUGAUGCCUUCAAAGCAGCAGAUGAUGUUUUAUACAAUGCCGUUGCUGGUAUUGCGGAGGUGAUCACCUCAGAAGGUAUUGUUAAUGUUGACUUUGAAGACGUACGUACCGUGAUGGCAGAACAAGGUAAGGCGAUGAUGGGUACGGCAACGGCAAAAGGUCCUGAUCGAGCGAGAAAUGCGACCGAACAAGCUGUCCGUAGUCCUCUCCUUGAAGGUAUUAACUUGGCGGGUGUUCGCGGUGUUGUUCUGAACAUUACAGGAAGUCGUUCGAGCCUCAAACUGCGUGAAACACAGGAAGCUGCUGAUAUUGUUAAUCAAUACACACACGGUGAGGCGACGCUCAUUUUUGGAGCCGUAUACGAUGACACGAUGGGGGAUGAAAUUCGUGUGACGAUUAUUGCAACGGGUUUAGGUGAUGCACAAAAGCCUAUUCGAGGUUUAGAGUCACCCCAGCAGUUUAAUCAAGCACCUGAAGCAUCUCAAGCGCGACAACCAGCUAACAAUGUUCCACCUAAUCCAUGGAGCAAUACAGUCAGUAGUGUCGCACCAAUCCAACAGGGCGUUCCAAAUUAUGGUGGACACGGAGAGCGAGUGCCUACUCACGGUCAAGAGCCUCAAAUUCCGGCUGCGGCAAGUGCUGAUGCUACACGUAAACCAAGCAUGCCUGCUGGAGUUUGGCAAGUGAAUAGUGCGCGUCAGUCAGCAAAUGCUCAGAUUGAUGCGUUGAGAGAAAAAGGUUAUGAUACGCUGGAUAUCCCAACAUUUUUACGUAAUCAGGCUGAUUAG